AUGGCGGAACUGCAGGGCACCCCGGGGGCACAGGACGCCCUGGCUGUGGCGCAGCUCGAGCUCGAGGGGAAUCCGAAUGCCUUGGCGCUGCGUAGGCCGUUCGAUCCGGUGGCGCAUGAUCUCGAUGCAUCCUUCCGUCUGACGCGUUUCGCCGAUCUGAAAGGAUGAGGGUGUAAGGUCCCUCAGGAGAUUCUUGGUAAGCUCCUUGAGGGACUACAGGCUGAUGACGCGUCUGCACAGGAUCACGAGCAUGCCCACUUCAUGCACAUGGCGAUUCCGCGUAUCGGCAUUGGCAUGGAUUCCUCUGUUACGCCGGUACGACACGGCGGGCUCAGUCUGGUACAGACCACAGAUUUUUUUUACCCGCUAGUUGAUGAUCCUUACAUGAUGGGUAAAAUCGCGUGCGCGAAUGUCCUCAGCGAUUUAUACGCGAUGGGUGUCACGGAAUGCGACAACAUGCUGAUGCUGUUGGGAGUUAGCACAAAAAUGACUGAGAAAGAGCGCGAUGUCGUCGUGCCACUGAUUAUGAGAGGAUUCAAGGAUUCUGCUCUAGAGGCAGGUACUACGGUGACUGGUGGUCAAACGGUUGUAAAUCCUUGGUGCACUAUAGGCGGUGUUGCCACUACUGUUUGCCAGCCAAACGAGUACAUUGUACCAGAUAACGCUGUUGUGGGAGAUGUCUUGGUUCUAACAAAACCUCUCGGCACGCAAGUCGCCGUCAAUGCGCAUCAAUGGCUUGAUCAGCCUGAUCGUUGGAAUAGAAUCAAGCUUGUGGUCAGCGAGGAAGAUGUGAGAAAAGGUUAUCAACGUGCAAUGGAUAGUAUGGCCAGAUUGAAUAGAACAGCUGCAAGAUUGAUGCACAAGUAUAAUGCACAUGGAGCCACAGACGUUACUGGUUUCGGCCUUUUAGGACAUGCUCAGAAUCUAGCCAAACAUCAAAAGAAUGAAGUCUCCUUUGUUAUCCAUAAUCUGCCUGUUAUCUCCAAAAUGGCAGCAGUGGCGAAGGCAUGCGGCAACAUGUUCCAGUUGUUGCAGGGUCAUUCAGCCGAGACGAGCGGCGGUUUGCUUAUCUGCCUUCCUCGAGAACAGGCUGCGGCAUAUUGUAAAGACAUCGAGAAACAGGAGGGAUAUCAAGCAUGGAUUAUUGGCAUCGUGGAAAAGGGACUUCGCACGGCUAGAAUAAUCGAUAAACCACGAGUGAUCGAAGUUCCGGCUAAGGAGAAAGACGGCGAGCUUUGGUAAAACUAAUAAUAAUAAUGAGAUAUACUAAUAGUAAUAAAGAAGGCCCAGAGACAUUGUGCAUAUGCCUCCUCAAUUACACGUAUGUUUAUAUAUUUGGAAAAUAGCACGCAACUCAGCGAGCGCUUUUACGUAUGUACGAAAAGAGUUAUUUUCGUAUCUACAUUUCGCGUAUAUUAUUCAUUGACAAAUCACAUUUAACUAAUAUUAAUGUCUCGAUUAUUAAGUCACGAAAAGUAAAAGCUAAUUCAUCACAGAUUGUUUAACAAUUAAUUCAUUAUAUGGUUUAUAUAGAAUAAAUGUUUGUGAUUUAAUAGUCGAUUUGUUAAUAUAUACAUACAGAGUGGGGCAUUUAAAGUGUUACAAGCUAUUAUCUCUGAAAAUACACAUUAUACCAAAAAAUAUUUCAGACAAAAGUUAUUUGAUUCGAAGGGUGAGAUAAGAAGGUGCCAUUGGUUUAACCUUGGAUAGUUGUUUGAAGGUC